AUAAUAUGAAUUAAUAUUAUAACUUUGUUGAUUUUACAAGAAGAUUUUGACCUCGUCAAUCUUUCCCAUUUCUAUAAACAUCCGAAAGGACAUUACACAUUUUAUCUCUUACACAGAUACCGUUAGUUAUUGUUGUACAAAAGUUUACAAACAGGUUUAUCUGAACUAUGUACUGCAGACUCUUGAAAAGACGAUGUUAAUUUAAACAAAAACAAUUUUGGCGCCUUGUUUUUCGUUUUAACGAUAAGAAUUAAAUACUUUCAACGUGUAAAUUAAAGUUAAACUUUUCGGUUAUCAUUUUGACCUAAUUUUAACAAUUAGUGUCUGUUUAUAUCUUAUAAUUUCCAUGAACGUGACAAAAACAACAGGCACUCAUCAUUUUAUAAUGAAUAAACAUAAUAUUUACACUGUAAUAAAAAAAAAUAAUAAAAAAAUAAAUUUUUUAAAUUUAACCGCCAAAAAUGACAACUUUAUAUUUUGCGCCAUCUAUCAAAUGCAAUAAGAAACAAAUACAAUACGUCGUAAUUUUAUUUUUUUUUAAUAAAAAAUACCAAGAUUUAUUAUUAUUGUCAUCUUUAUCAACUAAAUUUAAUCUUAACAUCAAAUAAAAUUAAUGAGCAGUAUUCUAAUGGGUGUAAAUUUUCCGUUCAGAUAUUGGAAAGAUGCGUGGAGUGAAACGGGUGGCCCUAUUUUGCAUAAUGACAACGGUUAUUCCAACCAUUCUAAUAGUAACACCAUUAUAUCUACGCCACAGCGUUUUCGCCGAUGUUCGUUACCCAGUCACUGAAUCAGACGUUGUAGAAAUUAAAGAAGGAAUAUCAUCAGUGUUUUGUGAUUCACAUACACUCGCAAUGAAUACAAGUUUUAAUGCAUUCAAAUUAGAAGAAAAACCCGUAUUGAGCUCGAAGCGUAAACAUAUUAGGUUGAAGAAAUCCAUGUCAUUACCCGAUGACACAUUGGAAUAUUGGGGUUUUUAUUUAUUGAAAGGAGCGACGGUUCGAAUGAAAGUAUGUUCAAGGUACGAAGGUUCAAGAAUUUUAGUAGUGAGAGGAGAAAAAAAUUUAAAAACAUGCGGAUUAAUGGAACAUAAUAUGAAAAAAUACGGCCCAACCCUAGAUGUAGAAAGUACCAGGGUUAAAAUUACUUUCGAAACGGCUGCUCAAGAAAUUAAAGAUUCCGUUGAAAAAAAUAAAGGGGGUGAAUUGGAUUUGAAUACAGCAGAGGAAAAUUUGGAUAUUCACGAAAAUUUAGAUAUGCACAAAAAUUUGGGAGUCACUAAAACUGAAAAGUCACAUAAAAAGAGACACACCAAACAAAAACAUCAUAAAAGAAGCGAUCAUAAAGAUAAAAUUCUUAAACUUAAAGAAACUUUAGAAGAAAAUGAAGAAAAAAAUCGUACAAAACGUGAAGUUGGAGUUUUAUUAGACGGCAGAAUCGAACACGGUGGUAACGCGUUCAAUUUUACACCAACUGAGUCUACAGAAAGUGUCUCAAGUUUUGAAAGUGGUCUUUUAGCAUGUUAUGAUGGCUCGAUCCUUGUAUCUCAAAGUUUUCCACCCAGCAAUUUAUGCGACAAUGUUCAAUACUUGGAACAAUCUGAACACAUGAGUGUCGAACAUGAAGUGAAUUCCGAUGGUUUUUAUUAUUACAUCUUUUUUUCAGACAAUGAUUUUAUAAUAAACGACAUUCACGCUGUUUUUGAUAUUUACAAACCAACAUAUCAAUAUAGUAAUGUGUCAAAAAAUUUUGAAUGUAUUCACAACACAACGUGUACCUUUCCAGUUAGUUUUUGGUCUGAUCAAUCAGUUAUUGUUGAAGUUCCAACAAGAGAUGGUAUCGAUCAUGAAGAGGAUGAUAUCACAUUACUUAUAAGUACCUGUCAUCCGAGGAAGUCUGUUUACAUGAUAUUUCCAAUUGCUGUGGUAUUUUUAGUACUUGGUUGUGCUUUUUUGUAAGAUUUUUCUUGUUAUUAACUUUUUGUUAAGAAACUAAAGGUUGUGAUAAAAAGAUAUUCCGUAAAUAGGUUAAGUACAGUAAUAAAUCGAUGCGGGAUAAUCUAGUCUAGUAAACAUAAUUAUAUUUAAGUAAAUAUUGUAAGAAAAAUAAAAAUUAUUUUUUAUAAAAUAUAAAUAACUAAAAAAGUU